UGUUGAAAAUUAUAUAAAAAUAUUUUAAAAUUUAAGCAGAAAUGUCAGAAGUCGAUGAAAGAAUCAAGAGAAUUGAACAACAUAAAGGAGUCAAAGGGAUUAUGAUCGUUAAUGACCAAAACCAGUUUGUUAAAUGCACAAUACCAGAAGGACCAGAAGCUAUUAAAUAUGGCAUCAAAUUGAGGGAGAUUACUAAUCAGGCGAGGGAUUUAGUCAGAAGUUUGGACUCUACUAAUGAUCUGACAUUCUUGAGAAUUACUUGCACCAAAUAUGAAAUGAUGAUUGCCCCUGAUAAAGACUAUUACUUAAUAGUCAUCCAAAUUCCUAAUGAUGAAUAA